GAGCAGGGCAGUGACAAGCUCCCCGAGCUGCUACCGCAUCGGGCCGGAAGCUGUGAAGCGCUGCGCGCCCCUUUCGGGGCGGUCGGGCUCGCCGGGCUUGGACAAUAGCGCCGAGGAGUCGGAGGCGAGGAAAGACCGGGGCCCAGAGCUCGGGCCCGGGAGCGGGCCAUGCGGGCGGCCCCGCGGCCCCGCGACGGCCAGCGGCGGCAGUGAGGCCCAGGAGUUCUCCGCUUGCGGGCGUCCUCCCGCCUUGGCUCCCGCGUGUCCCGGCCCGCUUCCUGGGCGACUCCAGCGGGGCCUUUGCCCCGGUCCCCGGGCGGCACGAUGACCGACACCCGGCGGCGGGUGAAGGUUUACACGCUCAAUGAAGACCGGCAGUGGGACGACCGGGGCACCGGGCAUGUGUCGUCCGGCUACGUGGAGCGGCUGAAGGGCAUGUCCCUGCUUGUCAGGGCCGAGAGCGAUGGUUCUCUACUCUUAGAAUCCAAAAUAAAUCCUAACACUGCAUAUCAGAAACAACAGGACACUUUGAUUGUGUGGUCUGAAGCAGAAAAUUAUGACUUGGCUCUUAGCUUUCAAGAAAAAGCUGGAUGUGAUGAAAUUUGGGAGAAAAUUUGUCAGGUUCAAGGAAAGGACCCUUCAGUGGACAUCACUCAGGACCUUGUAGAUGAAUCUGAAGAGGAGCGUUUUGAUGAUAUGUCAUCACCAGGUUUAGAAUUGCCAUCUUGUGAAUUAAGUCGCCUUGAGGAAAUUGCAGAACUUGUGGCAUCAUCUUUACCUUCCCCCCUGCGUCGUGAAAAACUUGCACUAGCACUGGAAAAUGAGGGUUAUAUUAAAAAGCUCUUAGAGCUUUUUCAUGUGUGUGAGGAUUUGGAAAAUAUUGAAGGACUGCACCACUUGUAUGAAAUUAUCAAAGGCAUCUUCCUCUUGAAUCGAACUGCUCUUUUUGAAGUUAUGUUCUCUGAGGAAUGUAUAAUGGACGUCAUUGGAUGCUUAGAAUAUGAUCCUGCUUUAUCACAGCCACGAAAACACAGGGAAUUUCUAACAAAAACAGCCAAGUUUAAAGAAGUGAUUCCCAUAUCAGAUCCUGAGCUGAAACAAAAAAUUCAUCAGACAUACAGAGUUCAGUAUAUCCAAGAUAUGGUUCUACCUACCCCUUCAGUCUUUGAAGAAAAUAUGUUAUCAACACUUCACUCCUUUAUCUUUUUCAAUAAGGUAGAAAUUGUUGGUAUGUUACAGGAGGAUGAAAAAUUUCUGACAGAUUUGUUUGCACAACUAACAGAUGAAGCAACAGAUGAGGAAAAAAGACAGGAAUUGGUUAACUUUUUAAAAGAAUUUUGUGCGUUUUCCCAAACGCUACAACCUCAAAACAGAGAUGCUUUUUUCAAGACUUUGUCAAAUAUGGGCAUAUUACCAGCUUUAGAAGUCAUCCUUGGCAUGGAUGAUACACAGGUGCGAAGUGCUGCUACUGAUAUAUUCUCAUACUUGGUUGAAUAUAAUCCAUCCAUGGUACGAGAGUUUGUCAUGCAGGAGGCACAACAGAAUGAUGAUGUAAGUAAGAAGUUAACAGAGCAAAAAAUAACCAACAAGGAUAUUUUGCUCAUCAACCUCAUUAUAGAGCAUAUGAUUUGUGAUACAGACCCUGAACUUGGAGGAGCAGUCCAACUUAUGGGCCUGCUUCGAACUUUAGUUGACCCAGAAAACAUGUUAGCUACUGCCAAUAAAACAGAGAAGACUGAAUUUCUGGGUUUCUUUUACAAGCACUGUAUGCAUGUCCUCACUGCUCCCUUACUGGCAAAUACAACAGAGGAUAAACCUAGCAAAGAUGAUUUUCAGACUGCCCAGUUGUUGGCACUUGUACUGGAAUUGUUAACAUUCUGUGUGGAGCACCACACGUACCACAUAAAAAACUACAUUAUCAAUAAGGAUAUCCUCCGGAGGGUGCUGGUUCUGAUGGCCUCGAAGCACGCUUUCUUGGCAUUGUGUGCUCUUCGUUUUAAGAGAAAGAUUAUUGGAUUAAAAGAUGAAUUUUACAACCGCUACAUAAUGAAAAGUUUUUUGUUUGAACCAGUAGUCAAAGCAUUUCUCAACAAUGGAUCCCGCUACAAUCUGAUGAACUCUGCCAUUAUAGAGAUGUUUGAAUUUAUUAGAGUGGAAGAUAUAAAGUCAUUAACUGCUCAUGUCAUUGAAAAUUACUGGAAAGCACUGGAAGAUGUAGAUUAUGUACAGACAUUUAAAGGACUGAAACUGAGAUUUGAACAACAAAGAGAAAGGCAAGAUAAUCCCAAACUUGACAGUAUGCGUUCCAUUUUGAGGAAUCAUAGAUAUCGAAGAGAUGCCAGAACACUAGAAGAUGAAGAGGAAAUGUGGUUUAACACAGAUGAAGAUGACAUGGAAGAUGGAGAAGCUGUCGUGUCUCCGUCCGACAAAACUAAAAACGAUGAUGAUAUUAUGGAUCCAAUAAGUAAAUUCAUGGAAAGGAAGAAAUUAAAAGAAAGUGAGGAAAAAGAGGUGCUUCUGAAAACGAAUCUUUCUGGUCGGCAGAGCCCAAGUUUCAAGCUUUCCCUCUCUAGUGGAACCAAGACUUCUCUCACCAGCCAGUCAUCCGCAACCACUCUGCCUGGUUCCCCAGGCUCCCCAGGAUCCCCAGGAUCUCCAGGCUCUCCUGGCUCUGUCCCUAAAAGUACAUCUCAGACGGCAGCUAUUACUACCAAGGGAGGCCUUGUGGGUCUGGUAGAUUAUCCUGAUGAUGAUGAAGAUGACGACGAGGAUGAAGACAAGGAAGACACGCUGCCAUUGUCAAAGAAAGCAAAGUUUGAGUCCUAAUAAUGGCAACUGCCUCUGAUCAGCACCUGUUGAGAAAACUGGUUCUCCACCCCUCCCCCGUACAAAAUCCACGAAAAGCAGUGGUCUCUUGUGAAUGACUGAUACAGACCAGCCUCGCAAACUUGACUUCUGCUCAUCAAGUGCCAAUUCAAUGGAGCAGGCGGAGGGGAUAAUACACAUUUAGGGGAAAGACUUAAGCCUUUGAGCUCUCCAGCUUGGACCACACAUUGCCCUUUUCUCAGGGAAGGAAAUGGAAACAAAAAGCCAACAGGGCAGGGGUUUUGUAAGUGGAACUCUGGAUUGACUGGUCAGUUGCUACAAUCAGAACAUGCUUUCUUGGACCCUGUUUGAGACUCAGAAGAACAGGCUUUUGUGCCAUGAUUCUUCACUAGUUAAGAAUGCCAGCAGUUUCUUUGUAUAAAGAGACCUGCCUUUAAAAUCCUACAUUCUGAACAUUUUAGUCAAGCUACAACAGGUUUGGAAAACCUCUUUGGGGGAGGGGCGAAUAUAAAGUUUCCUCUUUUUUAUCUGUUCCCUUUGCCCUUCAAACUGCAGAUUUUUUUUUUUUAAAGUGGGGAUUUGUCCCUACUUGAUUAAAGAUUGAGUGGAAUUCUA